CUUCAGAAAUAAAAUUAAAAUUUUAAAAAGUAAAAUUGGGAAAAUAUGGGAUGAUGAAUAGUACUUGUGUAGCUGACAGAAGGAACACGAAAAGAAUUGUCCGGUUGAAAGAGCACGCUCCUAAAGAUAUGAAAUGGAUGAGGGUUGAAGACAAGUGCAGAGUCUGUCUGAUUCUUCCUCUAUUCUCCGACGAAACAUUUCUCUUUGUGGGUCCUUUCUUCAAAUCUGCUGGCCGCAAGUUCUAGCAUUUUAUAGCUCAGAUCCCCGAUGUAAAUCUCAAUAUUCUGUCUUCUAUACCUUUCAACCUAAACUUUCCUUUUCUUGAAAAAUUUUCCCUGCGGUUAAUUUCUCCAUUUGAUGAAAAAUUGGGGUUUUGAGAUUAGCUCUGUUAUCCGCGCCUUUUCUCCCAUCUGGGUUUGCUUUAUUGAAUAGUUUGGCUAGUGGAUUUCUUGCCUAUCUGGGUUUGCUGUCUUGAAUGUUUUGGUUGGUGGGUCUCUUUUGUUCAUGGAUUUUGGCGGCGAAGGCGGGUUUCCUGGAGGAAGUGCUGCGCCAAUGGUGCCGGAGAUACCCGGCAGUGGGGGUUUUGACAAUUGGGGUCCGAGUCUGAGUGAUCAAGCCAUUUGGGCGACUGAGGAUGAUUACAGAGCCUGGAAUGGGGGUCCGAAUUCGGAAAUCCCUUUGAAUGCCACUCAUGAUUCAAGGUCGUCUCAAUCUCGAUCUGGGAGUGAACCUCCCAGCAAGAAAUCCAGGAACUCACAAUCGGGAGACUCACAAGGAAGUGGAAGUAGUCGGUCCAAAGCAAUAGGAAAAAUGUUCUUCAAAACAAAAUUGUGCUGCAAAUUUCGUGCGGGUGUUUGCCCUUACAUUACCAAUUGCAAUUUUGCUCACGGGAUUGAGGAGCUUCGUAGGCCGCCGCCCAAUUGGCAAGAGAUAGUGGCAGCUCAUGAGGAGGAGCGCGGUGGUGUUGUGGUGGAGCCACCAAGAGAAGAACAUCAGAUACCGACAUUCAGUUCUUCGGAUUUGCGAGGGGAAUCACAGAGGUCAUACAAAGGAAGGCAUUGCAAGAAAUUUUAUACGGAUGAGGGGUGCCCGUAUGGAGAUAAUUGUACAUUUCUUCAUGAUGAGCAGUCGAGAGCUCGGGAAAGUGUGGCAAUAAGUUUAAGUCCGACAGUUGGUGGUGGAUAUGGGAACAAUGGUAACGGAUCAAGUCAAAAGCCUUCAAAUUGGAAGACGAGGAUUUGUAAUAAGUGGGAGACAACUGGGAGCUGCCCAUUUGGGAGCAAGUGCCAUUUUGCUCAUGGGUUACAAGAGCUGCACAAAUAUGGUGGAGGUCUUGUGGAGGUUGAAGGCAAGGAGUCUUCCUCGGCAGCUCCAGAACCAAAGCAGGGCGGGGCAUCCUUAAAGACAACAGAGACAGUGGUGGCAUCAACCCCAACAGCUCCGCAUUCAGAUAUUUAUCACAUGGGACUGGGACUGCCUUCCCAAAGGCCUUCUGGGGUGACCCAGAGGAUGGGGCAAAGGCCCCUUCAGAAGUGGAAAGGACCCGACAAGAUCAGCAAGAUUUAUGGUGAUUGGAUUGAUGACAUUAAUGAAUGAAAAUUAACCCAAAAAUAGUCAUGGCAGGCGCAAGCGCAAAGUUUCAUCCUACGAAAUGAUGAAGAGAUGCUUUGGCUUUUGCAAAUGAAGCUUCUGAUGGGGUUAUUGACUUCAUGUACUGUAUUUCUGUACACUACUAAGGAGGGGUUGGGCGGUUCUAAAGCUAGUGCCCAUGUUUUAUUUCAAAAUCUCAGAUUUUGGAGCUUCCAUAUGCUAAUGUAGUCUUUGUAUUUUAUCAGAUGAGUUCAAUAUUUAGAGAGAACCUAUUUCAUUUUGAGCCA